AUGUUUGCAGACGAUACGAAUGUAAGCUUUGCAGCUGAUUCUCUGGAAGAGCUCCAAAGUGUCAUUAAUUCUGAAUUAGAACGUCUUAAAAGCUGGCUUAUUACAAAUAAGCUCAGUUUAAAUAUUGCAAAAACAGAGUUUAUGACAAUUGGAUCUCGACAGAGAAUCAAUGCUACUCAAG